AUAGUUUUGGUUUAGAUAAUUGGGCACUCGAUUUUUUAUUCUUUGUAAGAAAGAUGACCAAGAUAAAAGUGUUUGAUUUUUCAUAUUUCCCUCUUAGAUUCAAGAAUCCAAUUUUUUUAGACGUAAAAACAAACAAUAAUCAAACAAGAGUUGAUCAAGUUCAACGCAAACAUACAAACAAAAUUCUUCCUAUCACAGUAACAUUCCCAAAUGACAAAAUUCAGUUUGUGAGAAUAACUCAUCUUAUGGCUACAAUGUAUUUUAAGGAAAUUAGAGUGAUAAACAGUUCCCUUCGUCACCUUGAAUUGUCUUACUUUGAAACAGACGUAUUUCCAAUUCUUACUUUUGGGGGAUUUAAUAGUUUGAAACAUUUAGAUUUGUCAGGAAUAAGUUCAGAUAUUACAAUUGGAGUCGGGAAAAUUCCACUUUUAAUUCACCUACAAACUCUUAUCAUAAAGGACGCAAAGCUGUACAACGUUUUACAAACUAAUAUGACAACAUUUAGUUUUUGUCCAAAUAUAGUUAAUUUGGAUAUAUCACAUAACUAUAUCUUGAAAAUAAAAAGUCUUGGAGAGCUCCGCAAUCUUAAACUGCUUAACCUAUCUCAUAAUCUGCUUGAUAAUGUUCCAAAUAUUGUUUCCAAGUUGGAAAACAUCGAAGAACUCGAUUUGUCGCACAAUCAAAUAACAAAUAUUGGGAAGCAGACACUCGAUUGGAUGGAUAUCCAGCAUAGCAGACUUGGAACAUUUAAGUUAUAUCUAAGUGAUAAUCCAUUAAUUUGUUCAUGUCAAACAAUAACAUUUCUGCGUUGGAUUUUGAGUACUAACGUUAAGUUAGAUAAAAAUGGUAACUUCUCUUGUUGGGUUGCUUCACGUAAUGAAAUGAACUAUACCAGAAAUAUCGCUGAAGACAUUCACCAUUAUUUCAUUAAAUGUGAAAGUGCCGUAUGGUUAAAACUAGGCGUUACAUUGAUGGUUUCUGUUUUAUCAAGUUUGAUUUGUAUUACGCUACUGUACAAUUUUAGAUGGAGAAUAAUCUUCUUUUUCUUCCGAAAUUCCCGGAGGUUUGCAGAGAAAGGUCUUGAGCUGACCUUUGAUUACGAUGUUUAUGUCUCAUAUUCUGAUGACUGUGUUCGUUUUGUAAAAGAAUUACAAGGGAAAAUAGAAAACGAAUGGGGAUUUAAAAUCUGUAUAGAAGACAGAGAUUUUAUUAUAGGUGAAUCGAUUGCGACGGAAAGAGCGACAUCAAUUAACAAAUGCAGACACAUUAUAUUUGUAGUCUCACCAUCUACUGUCGAAAAUGAAUGGAGCCGUUUUGAAAUAGAGCGAGCAAAAUAUGAAAAGUUUUCCAAAAAUCUGCAGAAGAUUGUUGUUAUUACUAAAGACAUCGCUUUAGAUAAUAUUCCCGUAGAAUUUUCCAUGAUUUGGAAAGAUGUACUUCUUAUUCAAUGGCCAGUUGAGAAGGAUGAAGUUCAAAUGGCUUGGCAAACACUUCGACUUUGGUUCUUUUGAAGUAGUGUUAAGAUACCAGCGUCAGUACUUUGCUUCAUAUCUCCGUCUUACUACAAACAUAUAUAGUUAGUUAACUUAACUUUGCACUUUAGUUUGGGACCUCGUGUCAUCAUGAAUGAUACAUUUUGUUGUGUAAUGAAAUUGACUAAGGAAUAACGUGAGAUUACAGUGUACCCAAUCAGAAUAAAUUAAUAUGAUGAAACAUA